UGUCAAGUGACAGAAAAAAAUGAAAACACGAAAAACACAAAUAACAAAUGAGUGAGUAACAUCUCAGUGAUCGAGAAUUACAAUGGACUUGUACGACAUACAAAUAAUACAACCCGAUCUUCGACACGAAGAAACAAUUAUACAAAUUGCAAAUGCCUUUAAUGUGUUACAACAAGUGAUAGCCGAUGUAUUCGACAAAGUUGAUGAUCGCAUUAAAGCCAAUUCGAAAACUGUGAACGAAAUCGACUUGAGGAUUGAUCGGAUCAAUAAAAAAAUCGACGAACUCUCAAACGAGUAUGAAUCCGUUGAUAUUCAAUCUCCUUACGAUUAUCCAGCUGAAAAAAUAGUCCAAGACAUUCCGAUGACGUUAACUCUGUCGAAUCGUAAGCUCAUCAGCUUCAAUCGACAGUAUACCGUUAAAAGUGGCCCCGAUUCCAACAUAUCAAAGACUUACGAGAAAAAGCUUCAAUUCUACUAUGUUCGUCAACCGAAGAAUUCACCGUCUAGCGGAUCUGGAUCUGCGUCAUCAAAGGAAGCUCAUACUUACAUGGAAAGGGGACUUGGCUCAGUUCCGUCAUAUGUUGAUUCGAUAAACGCCUUCUUGUUGUUUAACAAAUCGGAAAAUGUUUUUGAUAAGAAAAAGAAUUUGCGUAAAUUAGAACCGACAGCCAUUCGUUAUUAUGAUCCGGUUCUUAGUGAUGGUCCCGGUGAAAUUGAAAAAGCCCCAGAGUCCAUAACAUCGCGUCAACUCCUCAACAUGAGAAUUAGAAAAAAUCUGUUUAUGGCAACGCGAUGGAACGAUGACGAACAAAUUGAUAUUCCGAUAAUGUUACCCGAUGUUUCCGGGAUUAAGGAUAAAAAGAAGAAAAAGAUCGUCAAAGCGGUCGACGACAAAAUUAUCGAAGAACCAAAAGUUGUUGAAAGCAAGUCAGUGCCUAAAGAAAAACCUGUGGACAUUCCUAUUCAAAAUGAACCUGAAAGCAGUAGUACGGUAGUCGACAGCGCUCCGAUUCCGCCACCAGUUCCACCUCCAAUGAACACAAACGAAGUCACAACGCCGAAAGCCCCACCUCCUAAACUAAACUCAAAUACACUGGAUAGGAGUGCGCUGAUGGAAGCAAUAAGACAGGCUGGUGGUGCGCAGAAAAUGAGGAAAAAAGAAAACGUUCAACAAGCUGAUGCUAAGGAGAACACUGAAAAGGCUAAACAACCGGUCAAAUUUAGCGGUGGAGGUCUAAUGGAUGAUUUACACAAGAAAUUAGCCUUACGACGCAAAGGAAUUUCUGGAAAUAAAGAGGUCGGUCAAAGCUCUAACGUAAUGGAUGGAAUUUCUGCAAUGAUUCCGCCUCCACCGCCAAAACAAUCAGAUUCAUCUUCAGAAUCGGAGUCGAACGAUGAUUGGAACUAGGUGAAAAGGGAAUCGACGUGCCUUACUAUUGAAAUUGUUCGAAGUCAUGUUCUUUUCAAGCUGCGCUAUUUACAGUAAAAAAUUUGAAA